AUGAUGAUGACAUCAACGACACGAGCUUCCUUGCGACUGGUGAAUUCCCUCAGCGCUCUCAGCACGAAUGCCUUGAGAUCAACAGCUGCCUUUUCCACUGCCGCAGCUCCCGAACCCGAUACUGAAACAGACUUGAUGGAUUCGUUUCAGACCUUGGGCGUCCCACGGCGCUUUGGAUUGAAACAUUCCGAACUCAAGCUCAAGUAUCACAAGCUCAUGAACGAGUUCCAUCCAGAUAAGCAUCAAGACAAGUCCUUAGAGAAGCGCGAUUGGAUUGAUGAGAAGGCAGCCAGCAUUACGCAUGCUUUUCAGACACUCAGCCAUCCCAGUUUAAGGGCCAAGCAUUUGCUGACAUUGCAAGGCAAUCCGAUUGAUGAAACUUCCAAGACCGACUUGGUGGGUACGGAAUUUCUAAUGGACAUUAUGGAACUCCAAGAUUCCGUGGAAGCAACACCGCCGAAAAACAUGGAACCCCUAUGGAAGGAAACUCAAAUUCAUAUUGGCACUUUGCUGGAUGAAUUGACGGAAGCCUUUGAUGAAACCGCAGAUGAAACCAAGGCCAAGCACAUCGUGGCCAAGUUGCAAUACCUCUAUCGUAUUGAAUCGCUGAUGCACGCAAAGAUGGAUGCAGCAGAAUAA